AUGGCAAGGCCGGAGGAGAACUUUCUCAGCAUCGGCGGAGCGACUCCACGCAAGUACUACGACCGCUUGAUGGCUUUUGCACCAGCAGACGCCGCGGGACAAGUGGUGGAAGAGACACGAGCAGCGCCAUCAUCGCGGUCCAGUCUGGAAGAUCUCGAGCGAGCGUGGGCAGCAAUAGAUCUGGAUCUGGAGAAGCAGGCGACGACACCUCUACUCAUCAACUUCGAAGAGGAAACCUCAAAAGAACCCUCAGCACCGGCACCUCAAAAUCCCCAAGCCACCCAGCGAGGCCGCGAAAUUUACAACCGCUGGCUCAUCGCCAUUCACGGUCCCUGGAUCCUUGCAGUCUUCAUCUUGUGGUUUCGAUACAGUGACCUUGUGCCCACAGCAGAUUUCUGUACCGAUGCAGGCCCUGCAGCCAUCCAAGCCGUCCUGUACGGAGCGUUGUGGUUGUUUUGUACUUGGUUCUUCAUCCAAGGCUUCCUGGUGUUCGAGAGGGCAUCCCCGAAUGUCUCCUGGGUUCAUCUGGCGAUUCCGCUCUUCUUGAUCGGCCGCGGUGUGGCGAGAUGGGGGUAUGUGAAGCUUGGGAUCUGCUCGUGA